GGACAGGGCUUGUGUGGGGGGAUAGCCGGUGUCACUUUUCCGUAGCAGGGACGCUGGGUCAGAGGUCAUGUCACUGAGGCCAGGGGCCCAUCUGCUGUCACUCUCACCUGCAUGCAGGUCAUAGGCCGUAUCACAAGCGCUUUGCCCAUGCGCUUUCUCCAUUCGGGUGCCUUGGUGGGUCCGCAGUCCCCAUACCUCGUCCAGGGGGUUCACAGGUGGUGCCGCGCUUCCCUCCACUCAGCAGCCCUUGAUUGAGAGCUGCAGAGUGGUCUGCAGGAAGAAGCCCAGUGCUGUCCUGGGGGGGUCUUAAUGCCAGGGUGACCCCCACCUGGGGGCAGGAAGUAGGGGCAACAGGGGCUGUGUGGUGCUGAGUCUCCCUUGGAAGCUUGGAAUCCUCGGCCCCCAAGCAGUUCCUGUGUCUGGGCAGACUCUGCGCACAGUCUGGGGACGAUCCAGUGGACCAGCUGGGGUGGGGGUGUCAGGUGCUCAGGUUUCCUUCCGUAAAGUGGGAGCUCGUGGGCCCCACCAGGUGACAGGCUGAGGAAGGCCAUGGACACACAGGCCAGUGCAGGCCUACCGGGCUCUCAUGGACCAGGCCAAGGCCCUUCCGACUGGUCUACACCCACUGAGGGCAGCAGGACUGGCCAGAGAGCUAGACAGGGCGGUGGGGGGGUGUGCUGCGGUGACCGCAUCCUCCCAAAUUCACAUCCUCCUGGGACCUCAGGAUGAGAACCUACUCGACUGUUGGGACUUUGUGGGUCAAUUAGUAAAGACAGAGCUGAGGUCAUCCUGGUUAAAGCGGCCCUAACCUUGCCAGAAGUCCCUGUAGAGAGACAGCGUGGGGAGGCAUGUGAUGAGGGAGGCAGAACCUGGGCACUGGGGAGGCAGGGAGAUCCCAGAGCCUGGAGGCGUUGCCCCCAUGCCAUGCCCUGGACGCCUGCCCUGAACGCGAGAUAUGUCUAUCAUUUGAGCUGCUCCAUCAGUGACCUUUAUGGCUGCCCAGGAGGUGACAUGAUGGUCUUGUGGCCUGGGGAGCAGGGCCUGAGACCCUGGGGAACACCUGAGACCCUCAGGGCAAGGGUAGUUGGGUGGGGACAGGAGUCCCAUGGAUCUAGCCUCCCUGACUCGAUAGAAGGAUUUGCGGUUUCCACUGCCGGCCACUGGUCCGUGAGGACACCAUUGACCACCAGAAGAGGAAGGUUGGUGGGUUCACACUCCCAGGGCAUCUGCCAUGGCCCCUCAUCUCUGGGCAUUUGCUAGCCAUGGGCUGGCAGCUGAUGGGCCUCUUGUCCACUGGGUCCAGGGCCUGACUCUGUGUCCAGACUUGUUCCCUUGCUGGGACAUCCUGUUCUAGAUGAAUGAGGCCUAGGCCAUGCCGAGUCUAGGGCCAGUGGAAGCCUUUGUGGGCUGACCCAGCUCCUGCGGCUGCUCAGGGGCCUCGCUCCCCAUCCCACUCACCGCUUCCACCGUCUCCUGGGCUCUGUCAAGAAUUCACACGGCUUCCGAGCCAAGAAUCCCCUGGGGCACUGCAUCCGCUUCUUGCCCCAGGUGGGAAAGAGCACCCUCACUGGAGGUGAUUGGAGGUCACAUUGGAGGUCACACAUCCACCCAACAGAAGCUCACAGAGUGUGGCCACGGCCCACUCACCCUCCAGUCUCCCAUGCGGGAGCCGACUUGGACCAGGUCUUCCUUUAAAGCGGUGAAACGUCUUCAGAUGAGCUCUCACCCCAUUGCCGACCAUGGGGUCACACAGGUGCAAGACUGUAGUGCAGCCAGGGUCUGACUCUGUCGUCAGCAUCCUCCAUCUCCCCUGGGACCCCAUGCCUGUAGCCAAAAGCAGGAGAGUCCAGAGUGGGCCUGGCGUUCAAGGUUGUUCCCAGCCCAGCUUCUGCCUGGUGGGUCCACUCUGCUCCUGGUUUAGACUGAGUGACAUCGCAUGGUGGCUGGCACAGGGACAGCCCCAAAGACAUCCUCAUCUUGGGACCUGUGGACGUGUCACCUCAUGGGGCAGAGGGGACUUUGCAGGUGGAAUUAAGCUAAGGCCCCUGAAAUGGGGUUGACCCCUGGGGUCACAGUGUCAUCACAGGGUCCUUAUAAGAGGGAAGUAGAGGGUCAGAGACAGAGAGACAGGAGAUGUUGCUCUGCUAGCUGUGAGGAUGGAGUGGGAGGGGCUGUGAGCCAGGGAUGCGGUACCUCUAGAACCUGGAAAAGCGGGGAGCCAGUGUUCACUGAAGCCUCCAGAGGUUACCAGUCCCAUAAACCCAUCUCGUACUUCCGACCUCUAGAACCAUAAAGUAAUAAAUGUGCUGUUGUAAGCCAUGGAGUUCGGGGUAGUUUUAUUACAGCCGCUUCAUCAUGUGAAGCCCUCAUGAGGCCCAUGACACAUACCAGCUGCUGUUGCUCCUGUUAGUACAUCAGGAGUUUUGGAAUGGGGAGUGCAGACCUGGGCUGGGGGCAGGCAGUAGAUGUAUACCUGCAGGCCCUAACACAUCGCCCUGGUAACUAAACCUGAGCCCCGAGUUUCCUGCUGGCCAAAGUGAAAAGGGAAAGACUACUGGGGGGCUGUGUGACCCUCACAGCCCAGAAGCAGAAAGCUUCCCCCUGCCUUCCCUUGGGGCCUGGAGCAGUUCCCUGGAGGCUCCACACAGCCAGCUUGGGCCCAGGACCUGGUGGGGUCAAGCCUGCCUCUGUGUGGGGUCCCCAUCCACCAGUUACCUGGGAGGGAUCUACAGCCGAGGGAAUUUGUUCUGGGGGUCUAGGGCAAGAGGUCAGUCUGGCUCCCACUUGGAGGUAGCUCUCUUUGUCUGGACAGUCCUGGCCAUCAGACCAGGCUCCCACUGAACUGCCACAGCUGGGGGCCCUAGUUCCAGCCAGGGAGGGGUCCGCUGAAAAUUUCAUCCCUGAUGCUCUUUUCUGUAUGUUUGAAGGUUUUUGUAAAAUACAAUGAACUUUAAAAUGUUUUAGCCUUACAGGGACUUGCUUGGCAGUCCAAUAGAUUAGAACUCCUUGCUUCCAAUGCAGGGGGAUGUGGGUUCCAUCCUUGGUCGAGGAGGUAAGGUCCUGCAUGCCACAUGGUGUGGCCAAAAAAUAGGAAAAAAAAAAAAUCUUAGAUUCACAGCAAAGUGGCCAAAAUGAUACAGAAAAUCCCUGCGCGGCCUGCCUCAUCUUGGGGCUCAUAUGGUAAAGAAUGUGCCAGCAGUGCAGGAGCCCCAGGUUCAAUCUCUGGGUCGGGAGGAUUACCUGGAGGAGGAAAUGACAACCCACUCCAGUAUUCUUGCCUGGAAAAUCCCAUGGACAGAGGAGUCUGACGGCCUAUAGUCCUUGGGGUCGCGAAGAGUUGGACACGACUGAGCGAUUAACACUUCCACUUUUCUCACUGCUUCACCCAGUUUCCCUGCAUGUUUCAUGUACCAGCUUACACGGCCAAGGCCGACAUCACAGUGCAACCCACAUGACUACACUUGUGUGCUGAGGCUUCGAGGAGAACCAACCAGGUGUCUAUAGGGUGCCCCAUGCUGGGAGGGGUCAGAGUCCCUGGCGGGAGGCCCCCAAACAUAACACAUCAACUCCAAGGCCCUGUGUCAGUGUAUCUCGUUGCUGAUGGGUUGACUUAGACCCCUGCUAGGGCAGCGUCCACUGAGUCCCUCCACUGUGCACCACGGUUGGCACUAAGCCACUCAGACCCCUACACCCCUGACAGCUUGAGAGGCCCCAUGUGGGGUCUCCAGGCCCGGGGUGUACUAUGUGUUUGGGGGAUAUGGCUUUUCUUCAUUCUUCAUUUUUUAAAUUGAAAUAUUAUUUGAAUUUCUUACAAUUCAGCAGUUUUAGUACAUUCAUAGUUGUACAGCCAUCACCUUUAGAUCCAGAACAUUCCAUCCCCAAAAAAAGCCCCACCCCCAUGACCAGUCACCCCCACCCCCUUUCCAGUCCCUGACAACCAGGAACCUACUCUCUGUCUGUGGAUUGUCCUGUUCUGGACAUUUCCCAUCAGUGGAAUCACACCCUACAUGUCCUCCUGUCUGCUUCUCUCACUGAGCAUCGUGUUCUCAGGUCCCCUCCGUGUGGCAGCCAGGGUCAGGGCUUUAGCCUUUUUCCUGGCUGAAUCAUAUUCCACUAUGUAGAGGGACCACAUUGUGUUUAUCCAUCCUGGGGAUGAACUUGUGGGUCAUUUCUGGUUUUCGACUACUGUGAAUCGUGCUCGUGUGAACAUGCAUGUACAGACUUUGCUGUGAGUGUGUGUUCCAGAUGGGACUGAAUCUCCUCGGGGGGAUGUUUGGGGCCUUGUUAGGGUCCGGGCUGAGGGGGAGUGUUCAGCCUUCCAGACACUUGUUCAGGCUUUGUGCCUCCAGCUGCCCCUACCCCUCCAGGCCCUCCUCUAGUCCUCCUUUUUCUGGAGUCCUGGCUGCAGGGGUAACCACCCCGCCCUCCACUGUUGCUCCUCAGUGCCCAGCCCCCUGCAGCCCCCCGGGAGCAGGUGCUACCCUGUCCCUUCCUCACAAUCUUCCCUGGAUCCUUGUAUCUCUGCCAGGCCCUGGGGAAGGGGACUCUUUGCAGUCCACUGAGCCCUUCUCUCUCUGUCAUCAGGGUGAGCAUGUGCCCUGAGGGUCCCUCCAGGCAUCCCAGGUGGGCCUGGAUGAGGGUGCUGUCCGUUUGCCAGCUGGGCUUCUGGGAAAAAGGAUGAGGUCAUAGCUUGGGGAAAGUGCUUCGCAAACUCUCAGCAGCAUCCUAUGCGGGUUGGGGGGAGGAGCAGCAGCAUCUGCGUUGCGGGUGUAUCUCCCACAGUUGGAGGCCCCGCCUACCCAGCCAGCAGUUCCCACAGCUCCUGGUACUGGCCGCCAGUGCAGAGUUGCUUCUCACAGGAAGCCCCUGGUUCACUUCCAUGGCCAAGGCCCCUGCUCUGGGGCCCUCUGAGGGGAGGGCCUGUCCUGCCUCUCUCAGCACCUGGGCCCCAGGUGUCCCGGGAUUGUGGUCCCAUCACACCCCUCUCACCUCCGUCUUCACCCAGUCUUCUCUUGGUACACAUCCAGAUCUCCUUUUGUAAGGGCACCAGCCGUUACUCUAGCAUGACCACAUUUUAGUUGACUAUUUCUGCAGCAACCCCUCCCCAAAGAGGGUCCCAUCAUGGGCCUCACCCACCCCUACAUGCCCAGCCCGGUGGUGGCCUGGGGACCCGAGAGCAUCCCGGCAGCCGGGCAGCCCCAUGCCAGUCAGGGACGACCAGCCAUCUGGUGAUGAGAUACAGGGGACUGAGUGUGAGCCCACUCCUGGCAAUCUGACCAGUUUCCUGCCCCUGAAAUCUAAUAACAAAAGUUUGUGCUUGUCCUUUGUGGGUCUUCUUUUCAUGUCAUUUUCCUGGUAGUUCUUUUUAAAACUGAGACAGAAUUUACACAGCUUAAAAUUUAUUCCUCCAAAGUAUAUUUGCACAGCUGUACAACCACCACCUUUAUGUAAUUCCAGAACAUUCCAUUACCCUAAAAAGGAAACCCCAUCCUCAUUAGCAAUGACUCCCCAGCCUCUGAUAAUCAGGCACUCUCUCUGUCUGUGGAUUGGCUUGUUCUAGACAUUUCCCAUCAGUGGAAUCACACCCUGUGUGUCCUUUGUCUGCUUCUCUCACUGAGCAUUGUGUUCUCGGGGUCUGUCCACAUGGUAGCAAGUGUCAGGGCUUCCCUGUUUUCCAUGGCUGAGUGAUGCUCCCGGAUAUGGAGAGAGACGUGGCUGUGUUCACCUUUGGCUGCUUUGCAUGUGUGGGUUUCCAUGUGGACCUGUGUCUCCGUUGCCCCUCUUGGGUGCCUGGCGGUGGAAUCACAGGGUCGUGGGGUGACUUUUCUGAGGACGCUGCUCCGUUUCACAGCCCACCUGCCGUGUGGGGUUCCAGUUUCUCCUCAUCCUCCCACACUGGUCCUUGCCGGCUUCAUGGAUCCAGCCAUUUGGGCGGGUGUGGAGUGUGUCCUGCUGGUUUCAGUUUGCGUUUCCCUGUUGCCAGACUGUGUACGUCCUUACCUCUCCUGGUUGCCAUUUCUACAUGUUCCUUGUCUUCAGCAGUGGCCUCCAGGCCAUGUGCCCCCCCCACCUCCUCCCUAGCUGUGGGCUGCAGACUGAGUGGGGCUGCAGCAUCGGGCCAAGGUCUCCCUGACCUCCGGGACCCUCCCCAACUAGAGUCCCGGGGUACUGGGCAGGUGCAGGGAGACCUACAGGCCCACCUGCUUCUCCUGGAUAUGGGCCAGCAUCAAACUGUCCUGGGAUGGGGGUGAUCAAAAGAAAUAGUUCAGGAUGGGGCGCCCAGCCUGAUGGCUUUGUGCUCCCCAGCCGCUGGCCCUGUUUGUAUCUCGCCUUCUGUGCUGGGCUAUGGGUCGCAGGGGGAGAUGGAGCUGGGGAAGGACAGAAACCCCUCGCCAAGGCAGGAAUGGGAGCUAGGUGGGAUCUCAGAGCCCUGCCAGGGUGGCCCUCUAAGUGGGAGGUGGCGGGGGGGCUACAGCAUAGGCAAAGGCCCUGGGCUGAGCCGCCUGGAGAGGCAGACACUGAGGGUCAGCUCUAGGGCAGCCAGGACAGGCAGUGAAGGUCAGGGUGUAGGCUGAGGAACCGAGGGCAGACCCAAGAGGGGCCAGCCUUGGUUUCCUCCCUACAGCACGGGGUCUAUGCCCCUUGAGUUCCUGCUAUGGGCACCCCCAGGACAGCCAUGGUCCCUGCCAGGCACAAUUGGGCCUGGGCUCUGGGGGGGGCAGCGAUUUGGGGAAACUGAGGCUGGGGCAGGGAGAGCACCAGGGCAGCAAGGUACAGGCCAGCAGCAGCAGGGUUCAGGCUGGUGGCGGCAGGCCGGCAUUGUUGACAGCCGUCUGUGGCUAGAAUCCGCCCCGUUCAGUAAUUCUCUGCACUCUGCCAGUAAUCGCCCUGACUUACCAGGCAGGCAUCAUUUCCUGAAAGUCAGCCGGCCUUAGGGGAAGUAGGCGCCGGCGGUGACUAAACCAACAUGCAAAUGCAGCCGGGCGGGCGCAGGCUGAGGGCUGAGGGCCGGCCGGGCUGAGCCCCCGCGGUCAUGAGGCAGCUGCUCCCGCCACCUCCCAGAGACCCUGCCAUCACCAUGUCCCAGCUGCGCUUCUGGCUGCAGUUCGCCACUAUCGGCAAGCCUGUCUUCCAGGACUCCUCAUACCUCGAUGACCUCUCCAACGCUUCCAUCUUCUCCUCAUCCGUGGACUCCCUCUCGGACAUAGCCGACACGCCUGACUUUCCGCCCGCUGACAGCCUCAGCCAGGUGCCUACCAUCUGGGACGUGAGCACCGGCCCCUCCGCCCACGACAAGCUGUUCCCGCCCAGUGGGCCAUUUACAGGCCUCGAGGACCCUGUGUCCUCCCUCUCCAGCACCCCACUUCUCAUCAGCUACCAGGCUCAGAGUCAGCCUGAGGAGGACGACGAGGCUGAGGAGGAUGAGGCGGAGGAGCUGGGCCACGCGGAGACGUACGCUGACUAUGUGCCAUCCAAGUCCAAGAUUGGGAGGCAGCACCCGGACCGUGUGGUGGAGACCAGCACGCUGUCCAGUGUCCCGCCGCCAGACAUCACCUACACCCUCGCCCUGCCCUCCUCAGACAGCGGGGCCCUGUCUGCCCUGCAGCUGGAGGCCAUCACCUACGCCUGUCAGCAACAUGAGGUCCUGCUUCCCAGUGGGCAGCGCGCGGGCUUCCUCAUUGGCGAUGGCGCGGGUGUGGGUAAGGGCCGCACGGUGGCCGGCGUCAUCCUGGAGAACUAUCUGCGGGGCAGGAAGAAGGCCUUGUGGUUCAGCGUCUCCAAUGAUCUCAAGUACGACGCAGAGCGCGACCUCCGGGACAUCGCCGCCCCCGGCAUCGCGGUGCACGCACUGAGCAAGAUCAAGUACGGCGACAACACUACCUCAGAGGGCGUCCUCUUCGCCACCUACUCUGCCCUGAUUGGUGAGAGCCAGGCGGGUGGGCAGCACCGCACGCGCAUCCGGCAGAUCCUGGAGUGGUGCGGGGAGGCCUUCGACGGAGUGAUUGUGUUCGACGAGUGCCACAAAGCCAAGAACGCAAGCUCCACCAAGAUGGGCAAGGCCGUGCUAGACCUGCAGAACAAACUGCCCCUGGCCAGGGUGGUCUAUGCCAGCGCCACAGGUGCCUCUGAGCCCCGGAACAUGAUCUACAUGAGCCGCCUGGGCAUCUGGGGUGAGGGCACGCCCUUCCGGACCUUUGAGGAAUUUCUGCACGCCAUUGAGAAGAGGGGUGUGGGCGCCAUGGAGAUUGUGGCCAUGGACAUGAAGGUCAGUGGCAUGUACAUCGCUCGCCAACUCAGCUUCUCUGGUGUCACCUUCCGCAUCGAGGAGAUCCCGCUGACCCCGGCCUUCGAGCGCAUCUAUAACCGGGCAGCCCUGCUGUGGGCCGAGGCCCUGGGCGUGUUCCAGCAGGCAGCCGACUGGAUCGGCCUGGAGUCGCGCAAGUCCCUGUGGGGCCAGUUCUGGUCAGCCCAUCAGCGCUUCUUCAAGUACCUGUGUGUGGCCGCCAAGGUGCACCGGCUGGUGGAGCUGGCCCAGGAGGAGCUGGCCCAGGACAAGUGUGUGGUCAUCGGGCUGCAGUCUACAGGUGAGGCGCGGACCCGGGAGGUGCUGGGCGAGAAGGAGGGACAGCUCGAUGGCUUCGUGUCCGCUGCUGAAGGCGUCUUUUUGUCGCUAAUUCAGAAGCACUUUCCUUCGACCAAGAGAAGGCGAGAGAGAGGAGCAGGCAGUAAGAGAAAGCGGCGGCCACGGGGCCGUGGGGCCAAGGCACCCAGGCUGGCAUAUGAGGCAGCAGGUGUGAUCCGCAUUAGUGACGACAGCAGCACGGAGUCGGAUGGUGGCCUGGACAGUGACUUCCACUCCUCCCCCGAGUCCCUGUUGGACGACGACGUGGUCAUCGUGGAUGCCAUCGGGCUCCCAGCCGAUGACCGCGGCCCCUUGUGCCCCCCACAGCGGGACCUGCACGGCCCCGGAGUCCUGGAGCGGGUUGAGCGGCUGAAGCAGGACCUGCUGGCCAAGGUGCAGGCGCUGGGCCGGGAGCUGCCAGUCAACACCCUGGAUGAGCUCAUCGACCAGCUGGGGGGCCCAGAGUGCGUGGCCGAGAUGACCGGCAGGAAGGGCCGCGUAGUGUCCAGACCUGACGGGACGGUGGCGUUUGAGUCACGAGCGGAGCAGGGUCUCUCCAUUGAUCACGUGAACCUCAGGGAGAAGGAACGCUUCAUGAGUGGGGAGAAGCUUGUAGCCAUCAUCUCAGAGGCCUCCAGCUCCGGCGUCUCCCUCCAAGCUGACCGCCGGGUGCAGAACCAGCGGCGCCGGGUGCACAUGACGCUGGAGCUGCCCUGGAGCGCUGACCGAGCCAUCCAGCAGUUUGGCCGGACCCACCGCUCCAACCAGGUCUCUGCGCCGGAGUAUAUCUUCCUCAUUUCAGAGCUGGCAGGGGAGCGCAGGUUUGCUUCCAUCGUGGCCAAGCGGCUGGAGAGCCUGGGGGCUCUGACCCAUGGGGACCGCCGUGCCACUGAGUCCCGGGACCUGAGCAAGUACAACUUUGAGAACAAGUAUGGUGCCCGGGCGCUCAGCUGUGUCCUCACCACCAUCCUAAGCCAGACGGAGAGCAAAGUGCCACUGCCCCAGGGCUACCCCGGAGGGGAUGCUGCCUUCUUCCGUGACAUGAAACAGGGGCUGCUGUCAGUGGGCAUUGGCGGGCGCGAGUCCCGGUCCGGCUGCCUGGACGUGGAGAAGGACUGCUCCAUCAGCAAGUUCCUGAACCGCAUCCUGGGGUUGGAGGUGCACAAGCAGAACGCACUCUUCCAGUACUUCUCCGACACCUUUGACCAUCUUAUUGCCGCCGACAAGAGGGAGGGCAAAUACGACAUGGGCAUCCUGGACCUGGCCCCUGGCAUUGAUGAGAUCUAUGAGGAAAGCCAGCAGGUGUUCCUGGCGCCUGGACACCCGCAGGAUGGACAGGUGGUCUUCUACAAGAUCAGUGUGGACCGUGGCCUGAAGUGGGAAGAGGCCUACGCCCGGUCGCUGGAGCUGACGGGCACCCACGAUGGCUUCUACCUCUCCUACAAGGUCCGCGGCAACAAGCCCAGCUGCCUGCUGGCCCAGCAGAACCGCGGCAAGCUCUUCACCGUGUACAAGCCCAAUAUAGGGCGGCAGAGCCAGCUAGAGUCCUUGGAUAGCUUGAGCCGGAGGUUCCACCGGGUGACGGCAGAGGAGGCCAGGGAGCCCUGGGAAAGCAGCUACACCUUCUCGCUGACGCACUGCAGCCACACCACAUGGAACCGGCACUGCCGGCUGGUGCAGGAGGGCAAGGACUGUGCGCAGGGCCUGCGGCUGCGCCACCACUACAUGCUGUGCGGGGCCUUGCUGCGCGUGUGGGGCCGCAUCGCUGCCGUCAUGGCCGACGUCACCAGCAGCAGCUACCUGCAGAUCGUGCGCCUCAAGACCAAGGACAAGAAGAAGCAAGUCGGCAUCAAGAUCCCGGAGGUCUGCGUGCGUCGGGUCCUGCAGGAGCUGCAGCUGAUGGAUGCCGACGUGAAGCGCAAGCAAGCGCGCACUCGGGGUCUCCUCGCGCUGCCGCCCACCCCACGCCCCCUUGCUCUGCCCUUCGGCCCCGGGGAGGUCCUGGACCUCACAUAUAGCCCGCCAGCCCAGGCCUUCCCUGCGCCCUCACCCUUCACCUUCCCGGCCCUGGGCCCCGGCCCCGGCGGCCAGCUGCUGGGCGCCCCCGACACCCCCGACGCCCCGGCUGACCCCGUGGCACUCCUGCACCAGGGCUGCGAAAUUAACUUCAAGGAGGUGCUGGAGGACAUGCUUCGCUCCCUCAACGCCGCGCCACCCGCCGAGCCGCCUGGCCCUCUGGGCCCUCUGGGUGCGGGGGCAGCGGGCGCACCGGCAGGUGGAGCACCAGAGCGGCAGAGCGUCAUCCAGUUCAGCCCCCCCUUUCCCAACUCCUAGGUCCAGGCAUCCUUCCCGGACGAAACUUAUUUAUCCGUAAUAGGCUCCCGUCUACACGGGGAAGAGGGUGGCUAGCCGAGCAGGGCCAGGACCCCAGCCGACUACUGAGAGGAGCAGGGCCAGGGGCCCCUCGUCCAGCCUCCCGAGGCCUCUAUUGCAGUGCCUUCCCGCCCGGUGCCUGGGCAGACCCCCAAAAUGCUGUCCGCCCUGGGGGGCCCUCCAAGGCCUUGCCUGGUGGGCAGUGGCCUAGUGCAGCCCCCACUCAGGAUACUUGGGGGCCAGGCAGGGCCUGGAGUGGCGGCCCUUCUUCUCUGUGCCUCUGUCCUCUGCUGCCCCACUCCAGGCCUGGGUUGGGGCUCCCACCCCACCCACCUUAGAAGGCCCAGUCAGGCCUGUACCCCUGACAUCCACAAAACUGGGUGGCCCCAAGAGCUGGAAACUCAGGAAACCCCAGGUGCUCAGGGCCCCACCGCUUCUGGGGGGCUCCAAGGGGCAGAUCCCCUCUUAAUAUAUGCAACCCCUCCCUGCUCUCUGUGCCCUAAAUUAUUGUCCAGCCACCUCUCAGGGGCCUGGAAUCCCUGCAGAGCUGGUGGCUGUACCCCUGGUUUCUAUGUGUAUUUAUAAUUAAUUCAAGUGUAUAUAUGUAAAGAGAUCUUUUUUUAAAUAUAUGUGCCUUUUCACUA